UUGGUACCAAGAAAUCCCAAUUCUCUUUCUCUCCAGACUCCGCCCCGAGCCGGGUCAGCAGCUAGAGUCGUCCACUCACAGAGAUGCAAACCUCCGGGAUUCCUAGAGAGGACUCGGAAGUUUAUUCCGGGAGGGGAAGGGGCGGGGUUUAGCGGCUCUACCAGCCAAGGGCAAGGAAGGCAUUGAUUUAGUAAUUUCCCGUGAGUUUUGGGAAGUCUGGGGAAUGAGCCGGCCCCUCCAGUGUCUCUUGGAAAGGGCCACUUACUUUCUUCUCUGAUUCCGCCUUGUUGGAAGUUCCGUUCCCUGAAGAACGAGACUCCCUGGAGGGAGAGGGACCGUGCAAAGGGGAAGGGAGCCUUGGGGCUGUCGAGGAGGUUCCGGCUUCUUCUCUUGCUGACUAGGCCCGUCUCUGGUCCUGAGUUGGUGCCUGCGGAUAUUUCGGAUCCAGUGUCACAGGGGCUGGGUCACUUCCAUGGGCUGAUGACUUGAGCCUUUAAUGGGGCUGUGCAGUUUCUUCUGGGAAAGCUUAUCUGGGGUAUAUCAAGUCUUGUUAUCUUAAACGGAACGAUUUUUUUUUUCCUUUUUCAUUCUUUCCUUGUUGAGCCUUUGGGCUAUUUGGGAUCUGGUCCACUAAUAAAGGAUCAGCUUAUCUGGAUAGUUCUUUGUAAGUUAAGUGAGCUGUGGUUUAUGUUGGUUCAAGUUGGUUCAAAUUUGUUUUUAUGGUUAACCUUCAGUAAAUUUUCUUCAUGUUAGCAUUUACAUGAACUUUAUUUCUUUAUGCUAAUAAUUAUUUUUAAUAUAUCAUUAGGUUGCAUUCUACCUAAAGUGCCAUUCAAGAGUUCUUUUAAGAGCAGAAGUGGGUUUGAUCUCCACAGGUCAGACCUUAUAGUGAAACAUUCCUUUGGGGGUGUGAAUCAUGCCCAGAGAGUCAAGAGACGCUGCAGCCCUACCCACUACAGUUCAUCCUCCACAGGAGCAAGAAGGACUUCUGAUAGUGAAAGUGGAGGAAGAAGAUUGCACCUGGAUGCAGGAGAACAACCCUCCCAGUAUGGAGACUUUUAACCAGCGCUUCAGGCAGUUCCAGUACUAUGAAGCAUCAGGGCCCCGGGAGGCUCUCAGCCAACUAAGAGUGCUUUGUUGUGAGUGGUUGAGGCCAGAGAUGCACACAAAGGAACAAAUCCUAGAGCUGCUAGUGCUGGAACAGUUCCUGGCCAUCUUGCCUGGGCAACUUCAGGCAUGGGUGAGAGAACAUCAUCCAGAAAGUGGGGAGGAGGCUGUGGUUUUGUUGGAGGAAUUACAGAGAGACUUUGAUGAACAAGGAGAAGAGGUUGUUGGCUAUCCAGAAGUACCCCUUCAGGAAAUGAUGCAACAGAGAAUGGUGCAGGAGUCCCUGAAUAUCCAGCUCCAAUCCAUGGACAUCCAACCUGAGAGUGGUCCCCAGAAACCUCUCUCCUUGGAGGCAAAUGCUCUGCCUGUUUCCCAGAUUCCGGCUAUUCCUCAGAAGGGAAAUCUUAGAGACCAGCAGAUGGCAGCUGCAUUUCACAUGACUGGGGCCCAAACAUUGGUGAAAAUUGAGGAUGUGGCCGAUGUGGCUGUAUCUUUUAUCCUGGAAGAAUGGGGGCAUUUGGACCAGACUCAGAAGGACCUCUCUAGGAAUGACAGACAGGAGAAUUAUGAGACCAUUACCUCAGUGGAUUAUGAGCCCAAGAAUGAGAAUAUGGAGCUGAUUGUAAAGCAGGAAAUUUCUGAAGAAGCAGAAUCACUCUGGAUGACUCCAGGAAGCAUUCAAAAGAAUGAUUCUCAGGAUCAAGAAUAUGAAGAAUUCUCUAAUUAUGGAGUCCACUUAGAAAGCAACAUGAAAUUAUAUGAUGGAUAAACCAAGCAAUCUCCUUCCCAGAAAAGGGGUUUCAGGAAUAUUACAGACCUCAAUAAAAAACAAACUAUGAGGGUGGAAAAAGGUCAUAAAUGUAAUGACUGUGGCAAAUUCUUCCUUCAAGCCUCAAACUUUAUUCAACAUCGGCGAAUCCACACUGGCGAGAAACCAUUUAAAUGUAAUGAAUGUGGGAAAAGCUAUAAUCAGCGUGUGCACCUUACUCAGCAUCAGAGAGUCCACACUGGUGAGAAACCAUACAAAUGUCAGGUGUGUGGAAAAGCUUUCCGUGUGAGCUCACAUCUUGUUCAGCAUCAGACUGUCCACAGUGGAGAGAGGCCUUAUGGAUGUAAUGAAUGUGGGAAAAGCUUCGGUCGGCAUUCGCACUUGAUUGAACAUCUGAAGCGUCACUACAGAGAGAAAACCCGUCAAUGUGCUGAGAAAAGAGGUAAGAACAUGAAGGUGCUAAAGAAGAAAAUUUCUGAUGCUACAGAAACAUAUAGAGAAAUAUCAGCAAAAAUUCAAAAGGAUGUUCCACAAGGUCAGGAAUUUAGAGACAGCCAUGAACAUGAAGGCUGGUUAGACAGGCAACAGGGGAAACUCACAGGGAUGAUGCUGGGUAAACCCCCUUCCCAGGAGAGAAGUUUUAGAGAAAUUAUAGAUAUCCACAAAAAAAACCCUACAGGUGAGAGACCACAUAAAUGUGAUGAAUGUGGGAAAAGCUUCAUUCAGAGUGCACACCUUAUUCAACAUCAGCGAAUACAUACUGGAGAGAAACCCUUUAAGUGUGAUGAAUGUGGAAAAAGUUAUAAUCAACGUGUACACCUUACUCAGCAUCAGAGAGUCCAUACGGGGGAAAAACCCUACCAGUGUCCCUUGUGUGGGAAAGCUUUCCGGGUCAGAUCACAUCUUGUUCAACAUCAGAGUGUUCAUACUGGAGAAAAACCCUUUCAGUGUAAUGAAUGUGGGAAAAGCUUUGGAAGGCGCUCACACCUUGCUGGACAUCUAAGACUUCAUUUCCGUGAGAAACCAAACAGGUGUCAUGAAUGUGGAGAAAACUUCCAUCAGUAUAACAGCCUAGUUGAGCAUCAGAUGAUUCAUAGAGGCCAAAGUCCUCAUGAAGAUGGCAAUUGUGAGAAGGCAUAUGGUUGGAAUUUAUCAUUGAUUGAAAAUAAGGAGGUACUUAUAGAGGAGAAACCCUAUAAAUGUGAUAUAUGUGGGAAAGCUUUUUGUUAUAGUUCACACCUUGUUCAGCAUCAUAGAAUGCACACUGGAGAGAAACCCUAUGAAUGUGAUAUAUGUGGGAAAAACUUUGGCCAGCGUUCUCACUUAACUCAACAUCAGAAAAGCCACUCCUGCAAGAAACCUCAUCAGUGUAAUGAAUGUGGGAGAGCCUUUGCAUUGAAGUCACAUCUUAACCAACAUCAGAGAAUACACACUGGUGAGAAACCCUUUCAGUGUAAGCAAUGUGGAAUGAGUUUUAGUAGGAGUUGCAGCCUCAUAAAACACUUGAGAAGCCAUGAGAGGACAGACCCCCUAAGCAGCUUCAGUACAUAAACAAUUGCAGUUUGGAGAAUAAUUCUUAUUCAACUUUAGAGAACUCCUGUAGAAAAACCUUAUUAGUGUAAUGAAUAUAAUAACAAUCUUCAGUUACAAUUCCAGCUUUACUUUUAUUUACAUUUUCUAUUUAUUGUUUGGAGGAUCUACAUUGAAGAAAAACAUUCAUUGUUAAGAUUGGGAAAUACUUCACUUAGCAGGUUCACCUAAAAGAAGAAAGCCUAAAAGAAUGUAAUGGAUGAGUGAAAGUAUUUGAAUGACACUCUUUUGUCAAUGAACUUCAGAGAGUAUACACUGGGAAGAAUGCUCUUGAAUACAGUAGACUUAAGUUUAUUCAUUGGUAGCACCUGCUUUAAUUCACAUCACAGAUUCCAUAUAGAUCAAAUCCAGUGAAUCAAACAGUUAAAGGAGUCUUUUGCAGGCUCUCAGAUAAAAUCCCCAUCACUGAGUUCCUUCAGAAGAGAUCUCCUUUUAACCUAUGAAGGACUCAAAUCGGGUCCUAAUUUGAACAUUAAACACUUUAAAAAGAAGUUGGCUUAGGGUGUCUAUGUAUUUGGGGACUUGGGAGCCCAAUAAUCUGGUAAACCAUCUCAAGCACUUCAUUUAUUUCAAGAAUGAUUCAUGAAACCCAGUACACUUUUUAUUGCUCAGGUUAGAAUGGAUAUUAGUAAGAAGACUUCAUACUGACUAGAUAUCUAGCCUAGGUUAAAAUAGAAGUCAGAGGGAAAUGGCAUAGUGUGGCAGAGUGGUCUAUGGUGCUAGAUUAAGGCUCAAGUUUUUUUUGAGGCGUGAGUUUGAAUCCCAUCAUUUGGAUUGGACUAAUAAAUCUUUUUUUCAGAUCGUGGUGUUACAUUUUGGUGGCAAGUCUGUCUCUAGUACACAGGUUUUGAUUACUUUAGAAGGGAGCAGUAAGAGGAGAGGAUCUUUUAGAAGACUCAUUAUGGUAUAGUGUAAGAGUUCUUAACUAUUUUUUUUUUUUUGCAAUUUUUUUGACAAUCUGGAGCCUGUGGAUUCCCUUCUCAGAAUAAAUCUUUUUAAAUCAUUGGAAAUAGUAAAUAUCCGAGGUUAAUGAAAAUGAAGAGAAUUUUUUUCCUAUACAACUUCACAAAUCACCUGAAAUCUAUCCAUGGACCCUCAUACAGUGGAAUAUGGAAUCAAAAGACUUGGUUUUGAAUUGGCUUUGCUCCUUAACUUUUUAAGCUUUGGGCCUUUGGUUCCCUCAUUAGUAAGAUGAAGUUUUAUUAUUUUGACCAAACUCUAAAUUGUCCUAUGCAGUAUCCCCUAUUUCUGUCUUCUGUGGACAGAUAGAAAAAGUCUAAUUAUUCUUCCAUAGGCCAGCCUUUCAGAUACUUAAAGGCAGUUGCCAUUUCUCCCCUGAACUUCUGUAGGGAAAAAACAAAACAGUUUCUUUAACUGUUUCUCAUAUAGCAUAGAUUCAAUGUCCUUCACUUUUGUGGUUACACCCCUCUAAACAUCUUGACUUGAUCAAUAUCAUUUCUGAACUAUGGUGUUUAGAACACUACAGCAGAUGUUGAUUGAGAACUGAAGACAAAUGCUCCAGAUAUUGGAUUGAGUAGGGCAGGAUACAAUGGGACUAUCACCUCAUUCAUAGAACCUAUGAAAGCUCUUGAUACAGCCUAGUAUUAUAUUCACUUUCUUUGUCAUAUCACAUUGUUGACUCAUUUAACUUGCAGUCCACUAAAAUCCCUAGGACCUUUUCACAUAUACUGCUCUCUAAUCAUAUGAAGUCAUUUUUGAAAAGAAGGAAAAGACUUUACAUUCUUUUCUAUUAGGUUCUGAAUUAACUUUCUUCCACACUUUAUUACUUAUCCAUGGCGAUUUGUGUAGGAAAAAGAUGGCACCAACCAGAAGAAACUUUGGGGCACUUGGGAGUAUUUCCAGAACUACUGCCUGUUAAAGAUAGAGGAUUAAGAAAACAGUCAGAAUUUGAAGUGAAUAACUUAAAAUAUGUAAUCCGAAAAUUGGUUUUAGAGUUAUGAACCACAGCUUUAAAAUAAAGGCCACAGGUAGGGUAUAUCUCAAAUAGUAAGCAAAUGAAAACAAGCUUGUCCAGAAUGUUAUAAAUUUCAUCAAGAAGGCUUUAAACUGAAAAGAAGAGAUAGGAAGAAAAAUUUAUAUAUGUAUAUAUUCCUACACAUGUAGGUUUGUAUACACUCACAUGUUUGAGUAAAAAAUUUCACAUUGCAACCAAAAAAGCAAAUAAAAUAUUAGGCUACAAUUAGAGAGGUAUACCUUCUAAGAAUGUGAUAGUUAUGUUAUAUUCUGCUCUGCUCCUUCCACAUCUGGAUUUACACACACACAAAUAUAUUAACCUGAAUACCAUAUAUAUUUACCAUAGAAGCAGCUACAAGAUGAGCAGUGGAGAGCAAAUAAUUUACAGGAGACAAUCCAAGAAAGGAUUCAGCUAUAAAAUCCAUGAUUUUAAACAUCUUUAUGCAAAUAUGCAAAAUAUAAGUGAGAAAGCUGAAUGAUUGGCAAAUUUGACCUCAUGCCACUGAGAAUAGGUUAGAUAGGGCUCAGAACUAGAAUAUGUCUGGAGGAAUAAAUCUUAUUCAAAAGGUAUUAAGUACCCCUUGUAUCUUAAGAAAAUACAUUCACAUAAGGAAAUCCAAUAGUGAGAGGAUAAUAAUGUAAAACAUUUGGUUGAAGAUCAGUGGAAGAAUUAGAAGUGAUGUCUAUAAACAGGUUGUAGUGCUGAAAUGAAGGUAUGGUGAUGGAGACUUAAGCUAUUGUACAUCUACUUGAGCUCUGCUAAAAGUAGAGUAACUGCCAAGGUUUGUAACUUACCUUGAUCAUUUUUAUCUUCCAGAAGGAGAAGGUAACAACAGAAGCUACUAUUUCUGGAUAUAAUUUUGACAAAUAACUAUUUCCUAAAUAUAUACCUUAACAGAAACCUUCACGGCAAAAGACAUCUUCAUUGUGUAGUUCAUGAGAGGGGAAGAAAAUUGGGAAAUAGUUUGAUGUUCACUCUAUAAAUUUUAAGAGAACAUAUUUCAAAGGGUUCAGAGAAAGUCCGGAGUGGACAGUAAAAAUAAUACUAGAUAUGGAGUCAGAAGACCUAGGUUUGAAUUCUAGCUUUGAUGCUUUUAUGACCUUGGGUAAGUCACAAAUUCUCUGAGUCUUAGUUUCUCACGUAUAAAACAAUGGGUUGGACUAGGUGGUUUCUAGGUUCCUUUCCAAUUCAAUUAUAUCUUGACAGAAUCUAUGAUCUAGUUGCCUAAUGUUCAUCAGGAAGAAUUUGGCCCAAAAGCUUUCAAGAGUGAAAUUAUAAAGACAAAAGCAGAAAUUAUUCUAGUGAAAGGAAGAGGGAGUUGUCUAAAAGACACUAAUUAGGUGAACAGACUUGACCAAUUCAGAUUUUUAAGAGAAAAUGGAAACAUGGCCAGGUCACUGGGGGAAUACAAGAGUAGCAUGAUCCAUUCUUAUAAGAAUGCUAAUAGGGAGUGAUAAACUCCAGAAUGAGCUAAGCCUGCUAAUGUUAGAGACAACAUAAAUUUUGUUUUCCUAAUAAAAUCUAGAACACAUUAUUGAAGGAAUGAUUUUUGAGCAUUUCACAAAAGGAGUAGUGAUCACUGAAAGGCAGCAUGGGUUUUUGUUUUUAAAUUAAGAACUAGUCAUAACAAAUCUUUCCUUUUUGACUGUAACUAUUGUUUUGGUUGGAAAAUACUUUAGACCUAGUAUACUUAGAUCUCAGUGUAGCAUUUGACAGUCUCAAAUUUGUAACUAAGUAUCUUGAGGGACCUGUGAUCAAUAUUUUUGUCAAUGCAGAUUAGUCAAAUUUGCCACUGACCAUGAAACUGGAAGACUUAGCUAACAUAUUGAAUGUUCUGUGCUUGGAAUCAUAAGUACAAGAUGAUGCACUACUAGCUAACAUUGCUCAUUGAAGUUUUGUGGGGUGGGGUUGGUGGCCUAUAUUCAAACUAACUUCAGUGUAACAUGACAGCCAAAAAUGUUUGAUAUUGUAGGCAAGUAUUAAGAGAUUCACAGUAUUGAGAAUGUGAUAGUCUUUCUGUAAUGUCUUGGUCAGAAUGAAUCAUGUACUGUAUUUAGUUGUAGAUGCCACAGUUUAAGAAAGUUUUAUACACACUGCUCAUUCUGCAGGAUGGUGAGAGGAGUUGAGACCAUGCCAUACAAGGAUUUGUUGAAGGAACUGGAAUGUUUGGCCUAGAAAAGAGAAAACUUUAUGGGGAAUUAUGGCCGACUACAAUGCUAUUACUUAGAAAAGAUGAUUAAACUUGUCCUUUAUGAACGAAGAGGCCAAAACUAGGUAGGAAGGCAGAUUUGUACUUCUAAAGAAAAACUUCCAAACAAUUAGAAUUAUCCAAAAGUGCAAUGGACAGUUUCUCCUUCUCUGGAGGUCUUUUUAGUAGAGGCUAGAUGAGUUCUUGUCAAAUGAUGUGAAGGGAAUUAAUUCUUGGUUAAAGGUCAAACUAGAUGGCCUGUGAAGUCCUUUCUAGCUCACAAAUUUUGUGAUUUCUUAAAAGAUCUUUGGACAAUAUAGUAGAAUAGCAUUUUUCUCAAUCUUAGUUGACUAGCAUUUAUUAAACUAUAUGCCAAACACUGGGGACAUAAAGAAAUGAAAUGCCUCCUUCUCUCAAGGAGGUCACAGUCUAAUGGGGGAGAUCACAACUAUGCACAAAUGAUAUAUACAGAAUAAAUUAGAGGUGAUCUCAGAAGGAGCCUACUAAGAUUAAGAAGAAUUGAGAGGGGCAGCUAGAUGGCGCAGUAGAUAAAGCACUGGCCCUGGAUUCAGGAGUAACUGAGUUCAAAUCUGGCCUCAGACACUUAACACUUACUGGCUGUGUGACCCUGGGCAAGUCACUUAACCCCAAUUGCCUCACACACACACAAAAUUUUUAAUUAAAAAAAAAAAGAAUUGAGAAAGACUUUCGAGAGAAGGUGGGACUUCAAUUGGGACUUCAGGGAAGCCAGAAGGUGGAGAUGAAGAGGGAAUUCCUUUCAGUGGGACAGAGAAAAUGCCUGGAGCUGAGAGAUGGAGCACCUUGUUUGAGGAAUAACAAGGAGGCCAGUGUCACUGGAUUGCAGAGAAUGGGAUGGGGAGUAAGUUAUAAGAAGACUGGGGAGGGGGGAGUGGUAGUGCUGGGGCACAAGUAAUGAAGCAUUUUAAAAGCUGGACAAAAGAUUUUAUAGUUGGUCCUGGAGGUAAUAAGGAAGCCACUGAAACUCAAUAGAGCAGGGUAAUGAUCUGCUCAGAUCUGCAUUUUAGGAAGGUCAGUUUGACAAGUAGAGAAUGGAUUAUUGGAUUGGGGAGAUGAGACAGGGAGAUCAACCUACAAGCUAUUGCAGUAGUCCUUGUAUGAGGAUGGGGGUCAGAACUGAAGUUGGUGCAGUGUUAGAGAAGGGAUACAUAUAUAUUAUGAUAUAUAUGAGAGGUUAUGAAGAUAGAAAUGAUAGGGCUUGGCUGCUGAUUGGAUAUGUGGGGAUGGGAAGGGGCAAUGAGAGUGAGGAGUCAAAGAAGACACAUAGGCUAUGUGUCUAGGUGACUGGGAGGCUGGUGAUAUCCUUGAUAGUAGUAAGGAAGUUUUGUGGUUUUUUUGGGUGAGGUAAUUGGGGUUAAGUGACUUGCCCAAGGUUAUACAGCUAGUAAGUAUUACGUGUCUGAGGUCAGAUUUGAACUCAGGUCCUCUUGA